ACGUGACCUCUGCAAGGAAACCAUGGCGGCUCCCUGUUCAGCGGGACUUACAAUAACGUCAGGACUGACCAGUUUUCUGCGCGGAGUUUGUCUAGGCAGCUGUAGUCCCCCCCCAGCCUUUCUGUGUCAGCAACAUCGGCGUUUCUUCUGGAGGAAGUGGAAAAGUUCUCACAAUGUAGUUCGUCCAGCUACUGUCAGGCCUGCUUAUGCAGUACCCAAGCAUAUUGUGCAGCCUGACUAUGUGCGCACUGGACUGGUCCCAGAAUGGCCAGACUACAUAGAAAUCAAAGACACAGAGCAGAUCGACGGCCUGACUAGUGCAUGCCAGCUAGCCAGACACGUGCUGCUACUAGCUGGGCACAGUCUGAGAGUUGGUAUGACAACAGAUGAAAUAGACUUCAUCGUGCACCAGGAGACGAUCAAGCACAAUGCCUACCCAUCCCCUCUGAGAUACGGGGGUUUCCCCAAAUCAGUCUGUACGUCUGUGAACAACGUGGUCUGUCACGGCAUACCUGACAGUCGGCAACUUGAAGAUGGAGACAUCAUCAACAUUGAUGUAACUGUGUAUUUGGAUGGUUACCAUGGUGACACCUCCGAAACCUUCUUGAUUGGUCAGGUGGAUGAGGUUGGGAGGCAGUUGGUGGAAACAGCCAGACGUUGUAGAGAUGAAGCCAUUGCUGCCUGCAAACCAGGUGCACAGCUCUGUGUUAUUGGAAAUACUAUCAGUGAAAUAGCCCAUGACAGUGGCUUCCAAGUGUGUCCGUAUUUCAUCGGGCAUGGAAUAGGCUCCCACUUUCACUGCCAUCCUGAGAUUUGGCACCACGCUAACGACAAUGACAUGACCAUGGAAGAAGGGAUGGCUUUCACAAUAGAGCCCAUACUGAUGGAGGGGUCUGCAGAGUUCAAAAUCUUGAAGGACAAGUGGACUGCAGUUUCUGUAGAUGAUAAAAGGUCGGCUCAGUUUGAGCACACGGUGGUCAUCACAGCAGACGGCGUGGAUAUUCUCACCAAACUGCCAGACGAGAGCAAUGAAUCGAACUGAUGAGCCUCAGCACGCAUCGGCUGAAAAUCUGAACUACCUUUUGGGAUAACAAGUGAAAGAAAUAACAACAUAUUAUGAACUAAGCAGUUUCUACCUGUAAAGCUUUUUAAAAAAGGGCUCUAAUAAAUACAAAGGACUACACAUGUCUAUAUUUAGUUUGCCGUUGGAGUGCAUCUUACUGAAGCUGAGUUUUGUGCAUGAGUGAGAAUUUCAAGUUUCAGCAAGGCCUUUAAUUUAAACUUGUUGUUCAGCUGCACCGCCACAUUGAUUUUUUAAGAAGGUUCAAUUUGAGGAGGAUGCAGUCCUCAUUACCGCAGCACCUGUGCCUAUCCUCCCAAAAAGAUUUGUCACAAACUUAAUGUUGUAAAAACCCCACAUUUCAGCUUCUUUGUAUAUUUUCUGUAAAAUUUCACUGUCCUCUAAAUACAGUUUAAAAGCCGGCACUAGCCUUUUAUAUUUAACUUUAUUUAUUUAAGGGACUCACUUGUGAUGAUUUAGUGAGACAUUCUAAACACACUUCAGAAUCUCAAAUGAGAUACAGUCUGUCAGUUAUUCCGGGAUAAAUGUGCCUGUUUGUGAGUCACGUUCUGUGGAGUAUAGCCAGCAGAUGGCAGCACACGCCGUCAGACAUUGUUUCCUCAGCACAGGUUUCAAACAUGCCAGGCUUUUGUUUUUGAACAUUUUAUUUAUUUAUUUAUCUUUAAUUUGCUUAAGGCCUCACACGAUGAACGGUGAGCUGAGCUCAUAUUUCUAAGUCAGUAACCAUAAAUCAAUUGCUUUUGCACAUCUGCUCAGAGAACCUGAGGCUCUCUUCACAUGACACAAAUAUUUUUGAGGUAUCUCCAUUAACUGUAACAUCUUUGUUCCCUAGAUAUACCAGAUUCACUAAUUGCCCACUUAAAAGCUAACACACUGAGAGGGAGAAUAUGCACGAACGAGGUUACAAAAUUGUGCUGGGGGCUUUAAAUUCCAGGCAUAGCAACAGCUUCUGUUCUGCAUUUUAAAUUUCUCGUCACUGUCUGUAGCUUUUGUCUUCAGGUCGAUUUAGCAGAGAAGAUUAAAACAACUUUACUGAGCUGACUGAGCUUCUCACGUGUUCUUGAGUUUGAGUCGUUGGACGUUAUGCUACAUAGAAAAUGUAAAACCUCACAAUGCAGCUGUAACUGAGGAGUGGUGAACUGAUGAUGCUUCAGGGAGCAAAAAAGAAAGGAAGAGUUACUGGUGCGUUUUCACUUCCUGCCAAUGUGCAACGUGUAUGUGUGUGUCUAUGUACCAAUUAGUAGGCGAGGCAGGAAGGAUUAAUCAAAUAAAGGUGGGUAAGGAAUCUGGACAUGUCCAACCAGGAAAUGAGUCAUAUUUUUAAUUGAUGUGUGACACGUGAUGAUAAGACUAUAUCUAGAUUACUUUUAUUGUAACUUCUGGUUAACAUGAAGGACAAAAACACAUGUAACAUAGUAAAGAAAAGAUUUCAAAAUACUGAACACUUUACUGUAGCUCCCUUUUUUUUUUUUUUUAACAGUUCAUUUUAGGGCAGAGUGUGU